AAUACGUGUUCAUUGCUGUUGUCGCGAAAGUUUGGAGUCGGUGGUGGUGUUAAAACGCGGCUAUAAUGUUAGAAAAUGGUCGCUAAAAGCAAACGUUUUGCUACAUGAUGGAGAAGAAACUCGACGAGAGCCUGGUUUUCUAGCCCAGUCACGGUCCUCGGCUAUCAAUAGACACCUGUCUAUACGACUGUGACGAAAGCGGGAAUCUUGACGACGGCAUAGCGAUUGUUCGAAUUAACAUGCCUCCGAGGAGAAACAACUGUGGUCUCUUGGCCAGGGUGAAUUUUCCUUUGUACACGUUGCAAAUGCUCACGAGCAGGCAUAUCCUUGUCGGUGGUGGUGGAGGUUCUUCUAAGACAGGAGUAGCUAAUGGAUUUGAAAUAUUUGAGUUGUCUCACAAUGGAUAUCAGUUUGUUGCCGAAGAGGUUACCAGACAUGAGACAGGUCCUAGUGUAGUUAUGAAUUGUACAACGUACAAUGAUGGGAAAAGAACAUGGAUUGCAGCUGGUCAAGAAAGCCAUUGUCAGCUUUAUAAUGUAAAUAGUAAGGUGGUGACUAUAAAAAAUGAAGAGAUAAUUAAAGAAGAUGAUGAUAACGAUGGUAAUGAUAAUGGUAACCUUAAGGGUAAGAAACACUUAAGGCAUAGAAAACGCUCGGGUGAAGUAGUGGAAAAUAUUAUUUCAAAGGAGAGGAUAGAAGAAAUUAAGGAUGACAAUUCAAAUAUAAGGAGUAAAAAAUUGCAGUUGAUUGUGAAACCAGCAGACAGUGUACAAACUGAUUUUAGUAAAGAGGAGCCUCUUCAAAGGAUCGUCAGAAUAAGUUUAAAUGGAAAGCUGAUGGCUACUGGUGGAACAGAUGGUCAUGUCAGAUUAUGGAAAUUCCCACAAUUACACAAACUGCAUGAUUUAGAUGUUCAUUCAAAAGAAAUUGAUGAUAUAGACUUUAGUCCAGACGGAGCAUUGAUUGCAAGCAUAGCAAAGGAUGGCAAGACUAUUCUGUGGAAUGUGAAUAACGGUUUAAAGCUCAAGGAACUAACAUGGACACCUCCAAGUGGACUGAAAUAUAUGUACAAAAGAUGCAGGUUUAGAAAGCUAGAGGAGAGUAAAUCGAAAACACAACUUUUUACUUUGUCUAAUGCAGUAGUUGGGAAGAAUCCUAGCUUCCUGCAAUUGUGGGACAUUGAUUCUGGAAGUAUCAUUAAGGCUGUUCCAUACAAAGAGACCUUGUCGGCUUUAGCGGUGUCGGACGAUGGAAAAUUUGUAGCUGUUGGAACAAUGUUCUCUGGUAGCGUGGACAUAUUUGUUGCGUUCAGUUUAAGGAGAGCUUUGCAUGUACCUGGAGCACAUAGUAUGUUUGUGACUGGCCUAGAAUUCUUACCAACUAAACUAGAUGGCCCUGCGAUUGUUAGUAACACUGAAACUGCGGUCGUUAGCAUUUCUGUGGAUAACAAAAUUUGCAUACACAGCAUACCGUUUAGACAUACACUGCCAUUCUGGUUUGUUAUCAUAUUGAUCAUUCUGAGUAUCUGUGGAGCAUUUAUUUUCUGCAGUUACCUUGGAAUAUGACCUAAAAAUAUAUAUACUUUUAAUAACGUCAAGAAGAGCAGUACUUUUUCUAGGAUUCCUCGGGGCUAAAUGAAACGAAGUUUCACACGUGUCUUUCGUAGGUUGUAAAGAAAUUUAAAAGAAAGAAAGAGGGAGGGGUGUAUCGCUUCACGUACAGAAAAAAAGAUUUUUCGACUCUCACUUACAUAGAUAAUUGCUGCACAGAAUGAAGUGCUGCUGUGAUAAAUAACUACCUUAUAGUAGACAAACUAUUUAGCAAACACCAUUGUAAAUAGAUGUUUUUAUUCCCACGUAUAUUUUUUACAUCUAAAGACCAAUUAUGUUUCAUUCUUUUUUUACCUUCAUUGCAUUUAUGUGAUUUACUAUUUCUGUACAUUUCACGUGUAUAGCAGAGUAUAGACAUCAAAAUGUAAAAUGUUACAUAGAUUUACAUCAUUCUUAUUCCAUUAUUCGUAAUCAUUAUUUCUUGGUGCAUAGACUUUAAAAGAUCACAUUACGUGAAGCUAGAUAUAUAGAUAUAUAAAUAGCAUUACACCGAGUUUUAUUAACUCUUUUUUUCAAAAUACAUCUCCCAGGAAAAAAUGUUGCCAUAGGACGUGAAUAGCGAACAAAGAAUUUGUCAUUGAGAACAUGUUGUCACAGACCAAACUUGUACAUCGGAUUGUGUAUAGGUGAUAUGAAUAAUGUACAUUUUGUUAAUGUAAUAAAUAGGUGUCAGAAAUUCAA